AUGGCAUUGAGACUCGGUUCCAAGCGCGUUUGCGCUGCUCUGCGCACCACCAGGCCGUUCACCAUCGCGCCUGUCUACGCCCAGCGCUAUGCGUCAUCUGCCGCAACGGCAGCUUCAAGCCUGCCUAACGAGACCAUUGAGAAGGCGGCUGCUCUCCCAAACCCCGAUCCUGCCGCAGACUCGCAAACCGCGCGCCUGGUCAACGACUCGCUGCCGUACAUGGUCCCUACCUACAUUCGUCCGAUGCCUAUGUUCGCCAGAGGUGAGGGCUGCUACAUGUGGGAUAUGGAGAACCGCAAGUACCUCGACUUUACCGCAGGCAUUGCUGUGAAUGCGCUGGGCCAUUGCGACCCGCAGAUGGUCAAGUUGAUGGCCGAACAGGCGCAGACCUUGAUCCAUACCUCCAACCUGUACCACAACCCUUGGACUGGCGCUCUGUCCAAGCUGCUGGUUGAGAAGACGGUUGCUGGUGGCGGUAUGCACACUGCCGAGAAGACCUUCAUUUGCAACUCCGGUUCCGAGGCCAACGAGGCUGCCAUCAAGUUUGCGCGCAAGGUCGGUAAGGAGCUUGACCCGUCUGGCGCGAAGCACGAGCUCGUUUCCUUCCACAGCUCUUUCCACGGCCGCACCAUGGGCUCGCUUUCCGCGACGCCGAACCCCAAGUACCAGAAGCCUUUCGCGCCCAUGGUCCCUGGUUUCAGAUACGGCACUUACAACGAUGUUGAGGCCAUUCCAUCGCUGGUCACCGAGAACACUUGCGGUGUCAUCAUUGAGCCCAUCCAGGGCGAGGGUGGUGUUAACGUUGCGACCCCCGAGUUCCUUCUCGCACUCCGCAAGCGCUGCACCGAGGUCGGCGCUGUCCUGAUUUACGACGAGAUUCAGAGCGGUCUCGGCCGUACCGGUCAGAUCUGGGCCCACGCCACCCUCCCUAAGGAGGCGCACCCCGAUAUCCUCACGACUGCGAAGGCCCUGGGCAACGGUUUCCCCAUUGGUGCCACCAUUGUCAACGAUUUCGUCGUGUCGAAGAUCAAGCCUGGUGACCACGGCACUACUUUUGGAGGCAACCCCCUCGCUUGCCGUCUUGCACACCACAUCGUGGGCAGGCUGGCGGAUCCGGAGUUGCAGCAGUCUGUCCUCAAGAAGGAGCAAAUCUUCCGCAAGCACUUUGAGAAGCUUCAGCAGAGCUUCCCCGACAUCAUUACUGAGAUCAGGGGCAAGGGCUUGAUCCUUGGUCUGCAGCUGAACCAAGACCCGACGCCCAUUGUCACUGCUGCUCGUGAGAGGGGUCUGUUGAUCAUCACCUGCGGCACCAACACGCUCAGGUUCGUUCCUCCGUUGGUCAUCAGCGAGGCGGAGAUUGAGCAGGGUAUCAACAUCCUGCAGGAUGCCAUGAAUGCUGUUUUCAAGAAUCGUCACUGUCGCAAGAGCGAAAACGACUCGACCGGCCAGGCCAGCACCGACACUCCCAAUCUGGCGAGCAUUCCCUACCGCUUCAAAGCCGGAGCCAGCGGGAGCAAAAUGGCGCCCAUGGACGGCCACCACCACCGCAGCACCACCAAGGUGUCGCACAAGCCAUUCAAGUCCCGCCAUGCCAGUAAAGGCGCACUGAAGGAGAAAAGCAAGGGCCAAGUCGAAGGCAGCGACCGUGGCGUCCGGCGCACGCCGCACCAGCAGGUCCUGUCGAAGCUGGACCGGCGCAACCAGGCGAAGCAGAAGCGGGUGGGCAAGCACGCGGAGCACGUCGAGGCGACCAAGGUAUUCGCGGGGCGCGAUGGCGCACCGCGCGUCGUCGCCGUCGUGCCGCUGACCGAAGACGUGUCGGCCAAGCUGGCGGUGCGCAGCCUGAACGGCUGCCUCGACCUUGAGGAGGACGUUCCCGAGCAGGGCGUCGCGCGCGUCAACAUCGAGCGCUUCAAGCAGAAGGUCCAGUACCUGAUCGUCGGCAGGGACCUGCUCGCUGCGCUGGACGCGUGCCGCGUGGCUGACUUUGUCGUUUUCGUGCUGUCUGCGGAGCAGGAGGUGGAUCAACUUGGAGAAUUGAUCCUGAGGAGUGUGGAGAGCCAGGGUGUUUCGAACGUUUUGGCUGCGGUGCAGGGACUUGACUCCGCUGAGCCUCCCAAGCGUCGUCCUCAGAUUCUCGGCUCGCUCAAGAGCUUCAUCACGCACUUCUUUCCCGCUCAGGAAAAGGUACACUCGCUCGACAACAGGCAGGAGAGCUUGAACCUUAUGAGGUCGCUCUGCACAACUAUGCCGAAGGGCGUAAGGUGGAGGGAGGAGCGCAGUUGGAUGGCUGUGGAGGAAGUGAGAUGGCCGAGCGGCAAGGCGGCCGCGACUGACGAGGAGGCGAAGGGAGAGGUCGUCCUCACUGGUGUUGUGAGAGGCAAAGGAUUGAAGGCGGAUAGACUGGUGGAGGUUGGAGACUGGGGAACGUUCCAGAUCGAGAAGAUCACUGCUGCUCCCCUCGAAACGCGCAAGAAGGGCAAGGGCGAUGAUAUGGCCGUCGAUUUGGAGGGCCAAGAUGCCGUUUUGGAUCAACCUACCGAGGACCAGGAUACUUUGGCCGACCUUGCCCCGGAGGAGGCAGUCAUGGAGGAUAUCGACGAUUACCCGGUCUCUGUGGCGCCCUCCGAACGCAAGGGUGUCCUUCUGGAUGACCACCAUUACUUUUCGGAAGACGACGACGAUGAGGCGACGCGCCCGAAGAGAUUGCCUAGAGGAACGUCCAAGUACCAGUCGGCAUGGUAUCUUGGAGAUAUGUCCGAUUCUGGAUCCGAUCUCGAGAGCGUUGCUGGAGACGACGAAGACGAUGAGGACAUGGACGGACCUGCCAACCCAGCCGAUGGCAUGGAGGGUAUUGAUGUCAAUGGAAGGGAGCCUACCGAAGCUGCACCCUCGGAAUACCCGCAGUCAGAGAUGUUUAUGGACCCCUCGCCUGAGGAUGAGGCCGAGCAGAUCGAAGCCUAUCGUACUCAGCGCAAGCAAGAGGCGGAGGAUGAUCUCGAGUUCCCCGACGAAAUCGAAUUGCACCCGCACGUACUCGCACGGGAGCGUUUGGCCAAGUACAGGGGCUUGAAGAGCUUGAGGACAAGUCACUGGGAAACAGACGAGGACAGACCGUACGAGCCGGAGAGCUGGAGGCGCCUUCUGGAAAUCUCCGACUACAAGGGCGCAAGAGCGCGUGUGACCAGAGAAGCCCUCGUUGGCGGUGUCCAGCCCGGCACUAGGGUUAAUGUGCACCUUCGCAACGUGCCCCUCUCUCUCCAAAGCACAUACAACCCAGCCAAGACGCUGCCUCUCUUCUCGCUUCUGCGCCACGAGCAUAAGCGUACUGCCGUCAAUUACAGCAUCACGCUCAACUCCGAGUUCGAACAGCCGCUCAAGGCUAAGGAGGAGCUCGUCCUUCAAUGCGGCCCAAGGCGGUUCAGAAUCAACCCUGUGUACUCAGCGUCUGGAAACACACCAAACGACGUCCACAAGUCUGACAGAUAUUUGCACCCUGGACGUAGCGCGAUCGCUACUUUUAUCGCACCAAUUACCUGGGGUUCCGUUCCCGCUCUCUUUUUCAAACGGGUUGUUCCCGAGGAUGAAGGAAGCGCAGAUGGUGAGGACACCGCGAUGGAUGCUGAGAGUGAGCAGACCAAUGAGGGCGAGGUGCAGCUCAUUGGCACUGGCACUUCGCUGCCGCCCUCAACGUCACGCGUGAUCGCCAAACGUAUUAUCCUCACCGGCCACCCGUACAAGAUCCACAAACGCGUGGUGACGGUGCGGUACAUGUUUUUCAACGCAGAGGACGUGCACUGGUUCAAGGCGCUGCAGCUGUGGACAAAGCGUGGACGCAGUGGAUUCAUCAAAGAGAGCCUGGGCACGCACGGUUACUUCAAGGCGACGUUUGACGGGCGGAUCAACCCGCAGGACGCAGUGGGCGUCAGCUUGUACAAGCGAGUGUGGCCCCGGGAGGCGCGUGCGCUCAAGGCGGGGGAGGCGCUGUGA